CAACAUGGAAAGUAUUUCUACAUGAACUUCGACUACUAGUUUGAUGAUCCUGUUCGCACUCACUGCAAUAGUAUUCUUUAUGUCAGGCAGGUAUUAUGAUCAGUUCCGAGGCAGAGUUCAUAGGUGGGCUACUGGUGUAAGUGGCCAAAUGGGACACAGGUUUAAAGGAGGUGAAGGUAGCGGCUAUACAGAGCUUGGAGAUGGUACAGAUCAUGAAAAUACUCCUUCUAAUAGUAAUAGACUUCGUGAAGAACUAACAGAACGUCAAAUUAAGAUUGAUCUUUUGCAAUCCAAGUUAAAUGAAAUUGAAUCUGCGAACAGAAGAAGAACUCCUGAAGAGAGCAAAGAGGAAGUUGACAAUGAGGAUAAGGAAGAAAAUGAAGAGAUUAAUGAAUAUUUACUUUCAAGCAAGAAGAAAUAACAAAAUUGUAAAGUUAUUUAAGACAAAUUAAAUUUGCGAUGUUUUAACAAAAUUUGAUCUAAA